AUGGGAUCAGUUGAUACAUCAGUCCCAUCAUUCGAUAGAGCAUGGAGUAUAAAAUAUGAAGAUUUAGAUUUUAUUUCUGAAAUUGGUUCAGGUGGUUUUGGAAAAGUUUUCAAAGGUGAAUAUUUAGGUGCACCAGUUGCAAUUAAGAAAAUUCAUAUUUUACCUGAUGAUCCAAAUCGUGUUGAUUUAGAGAAAUUUUUAAAUCGUGAAAUUGAAACUAUUAAAUUAUUCACUCAUCCAAAUGUAAUUCAAUUUGUUGGUAUCUCUGAAAAUAAUGGUAUUCUUUUCAUUGUUACUGAAUUAAUCGAAGGUGGUGAUUUACAAUAUUAUUUAAAGAAUCAAUCAAUUGAUUUACCAUGGUUUUUAAGAGCAAACAUCGCUCUUGAUGUCUCUUUAGCAAUGUCAUAUCUUCAUUCAAAAUCAAUUGUUCAUAGAGAUUUAAAAUCUACAAAUUUAUUAGUUGAUAAAAAUUGGAAGAUUAAAGUUUGUGAUUUUGGUUUUGCAAGAAUCGUUGAAGAAGAUAAUAAUAAGUCAAUGACAAUUUGUGGUACUGAUAAUUGGAUGUCACCAGAGAUGAUAACUGGAUUAGAUUAUGAUGAGAGAUCAGAUAUCUUUUCAUUUGGUAUUGUUUUAUUAGAGAUUAUAAGUAGAGUUAAACCAGCACCUUAUAUGAGAGAUGCAUCAUUUGGAUUAGCAGAAGAUAUCGUUAGAAAUCAAUUGAUACCAACUGAUUGUCCAGAGAGUUUAAUUGAUUUAACAUUUAAUUGUUGUUCAGUUGAUCCAAAUAAUAGACCUUCAUUCAAAGAGAUUUCCCAAACUUUAAAACAAAUUAAAACUACUUUAGAUUCAAAUAUAGUUUAUCCAGAAAUUCGUGAUUUUGAACAACAACAAAAAAUUUCAACAACAAAUGGUAAUAAUAAACAAAAUGGAGGCGCUCCAAAAAUUAAUAAUUUACCACUUCAAUAUAGUAAUAAUAAUAAUAAUAUUUAUGAUGAUGAUGAUGAUGACGAUGAUGACGAUGAUGAUAAUGAUUCAUUCCCAAGACCAUAUUCAGAUAAUAGUAAUAGUAAUGUAACUUUAGAAUCAAAUUCAAAUUAUAAUUCAUCAACUAUAAAUGGACAAGAGCAACAAGAACAACAAGAACAACAACAACAACAACAAGUAAAAGAAGAAAGGGAUGAAGGUGAAAUUGAACAAGAUGAUGAUAAUAUUGAGGUAUAUGAUAGUGAUUAUCAAAAGAAAUUAGAAGAACAUCAAAAAGAAUUAUUAGAAAGACAAAAUCAAAAUCAAGAAGGAUCAACUGAUGAGAAUGAAGUUUAUGAACAAGAAGAAGAAGAAGAAGAAGAGGAUGAGGAAGAACAAGUUAUUUCAACACCAGCUAAAAAGAGAAUUUCAUUUGGGCAAGAUACUUUCCACACAUAUGAAGCAUAUAGAACUGAUGAUGAAGAUGAUGAUGAUGAUGAAGAGGAUGAAGAAGAGGGUGAUGAAUAUGACCAUGGUUAUGAUGAUUUCGAUGAAGAUGAUGAAGAUGAUGAAGAAUAUGAUGAAGAUGAAGAUGAUGAAGAUGAAAGACAAAUUCAAUAUUAUCAACAACAAUUACAAUAUCAACAACAAUUACAAAAGCAACAAGAACAAGAAUAUCAAAGACAACAACAAUUACAAUUACAAAGAGAAGAAGAAGAAUAUCAAAGACAAUUACAACAACAACAACAACAACAACAACAACAACAACAACAACAACAACAACAUCAACAACAAUAUGAUGAUGAUGAUGAUGACGAUGAUGAAGAAGAAGAAGAGUAUGAUGAUGUAAUUAGACAUGAUACUGAUUCUGAAGAAGAAUCAAAAGAUAAAACUCCACUUCCAUGGGAUCAACACUUUGAAAAACAAAAAGAAUCUGAAAAUAAAGUUGAACAAGAGGAAACUAAUGUAGUUGUUGCUAAUAGUCAAGAAACUGAGCAACAACAACAACAACAACAACAACCAAAAGAAGAAGAAGAAGAAGAACCAACUAAAGUUGAAGAUGUUAAAGUUGAAACUGAAGAACAAACCAAAGAAGAGCAUGAUGUUAAGGUUGAUGAAGAAUCAACUAAAGUUGAUGAACCAGUUGAUGAACCAACUAAAGUUGAAGAAUCAGUUGAACAAGUUAAAGCUGAAGAACCAAAUAAAGUUGAAGAAUUGGUCGAAGAAGUUAAAGUUGAAGAAGAACCAACUAACGUUGAAGAAGUUAAAGCUGAAGAACCAGUAGAAGAAGUUAAAGUUGAAGAACCAGUUGAAGAAGUUAAAGCUGAAGAACCAGUUGAAGAAGUUAAAGCUGAAGAACCAGUUGAAGAAGUUAAAACUGAAGAACCAGUUGAAGAAGUUAAAGUUGAAGAACCAGUUGAGGAAGUUAAAGUUGAAGAACCAGUUGAAGAAGUUGAAGCUGAAGAAUCAGUCCAAGAACCAGUUGAAGAAGUUAAAGUUGAUGAACCAACUAAAGUUGAAGAACCAACUAAAGUUGAAGAACCAAUCGAAGAGGUUAAAGUUGAAGAACCAACUAAAGUUGAAGAAUCAAUUGAAGAAGUCAAAGUCGAAGAACCAACCAAAGUUGAAGAACCAGUUGAAGAAAUUAAACCUGAAGAACCAACCAAAGUUGAAGAAUCAGUUGAAGAUGUUAAAGUUGAAGAUGUUAAAGUUGAAGAAGUUAAAGCUGAAGAACCAACUAAAGCUGAAGAAUCAGUUGAAGAUGUUAAAGUUGAAGAACCAAUUAAGGUUGAAGAACCAGUUAAAGUUGAAGAACCAGUUAAAGUUGAAGAACCAGUUAAGGUUGAAGAACCAAUUAAAGUUGAAGAACCAAUUAAAGUUGAAGAACCAAUUAAAGUUGAAGAACCAAUUAAAGUUGAAGAACCAAUUAAGGUUGAAGAACCAGUUAAGGUUGAAGUUGCCUCACCAGUUGUUCAAGAACAACCACCACAACAAGAAGAAAAACCAGAAGUCGUUUCAACUUCAACGAUUACAAUUGCAUCAUCACCACAACAAUCAUCUAAUUCACCACCAUCAACUCCAGUUAAACAACCACAACAACAAGAAAUCGAAGUAAAUUCAACUCCAAUUAAACAACAACAACAACAACAACAAACACCAACACAACAAACACAAACACCAACUAAACAACACACUGAAAUUAAUGUCCAACCAACUCCAACUAAAACUCCACCAUUACCACCUCAAACAAAUGAAAAAAUACCACUUAUUUCACCAAAUAAUAAAUCAAAUAGAGGUUGUUGUUCCUGUUUCAUCCAAUAA